AUGGCUACUCGUCCACUUUCCGGCUCUGUUGGCGAGCAUCAUGGAGCUAAUCAAGAGUAUGCACAAAAUGCGGAGGGCAACCAGGGCAAUGAUUCCAACCCAAAUAAUUCCGUGCAUGAUGAGCCUCGAGCUAUGGGUUCUGCACAAGGACCUACAAGCAUGUCAUUCAAGCAAGAGGGCCUUUCUAAUGCCGAUACCAUGAACCCAUAUGUCAAUGAGCCUGGCAAGAGUAAAAAGGGAGAGGGCGAGACGGAAACCGCAAAGGUGAAGGGUACCGUGAAGCCUGACCGACCACAGGCGUGA